AAUAUUUGGCCAGCCCUGCUGGUUGUUUUUGUAACUGGCGGAAAGCGUUUCUACAUUGUUGGUGACGCGGCGAGGUUUUGGCGCCCAGCGGCUCGCUUGGCGUUUGUUGUUUUCGGGUUCAGUCGGUGAUUUUGGCGGGGAAAGGGUGGACAGGUUGAGGGCGAGGGAAAACCGGAGCGAGCGAGCGAUCACGGUGUCCGGCCACCAGGCUUUUCGCCUACUACCGUGCGCGGCUCUGAAGGCCAGCCUGGGCCGCUCGGCUUCCCUUCGGUUUGUCGACUGUCAUCCAUCCCUGAUCUGGGGCCCGACCAGCAGCCGGCGACUUCGUGGGUGAGAGACUUAAGGUGAGCACAGAUCCACUGAAAAUUGGAAUAAGGCUGACCUCUUCCAUAGUAUUACUUGCCAAUUGUGUAGCUCCUAGUCUGGGAGUUGAAAGAACUUGGUGCAAACUCAAAACCUUUCUAGAAGAGGACCUAUGAACUAUGUAGGAAAGUGUCUACAAAAUUUAACGAACAGAAAGAACAUUCAGAGGUCUCAAGGAAGAAUUCCAGGUGUUAUCAGUGUGGUAAACCAUUUCAGAGAAAAAGAACGGCCAUGGCACUACAAAUAACAGUGAUACAUAAAAAGGAAUUUACAAGACAGAAUGAAGAAUGUGUUACUGGAUUUAAUACUAAGGAAAAAUUGGAAACGAAAAGCCAACUAAAUAACACUUCUGGAUAUUUAACUUGUGUGCAUUGUGAUUUCAAGUAUACCGAUCAUGAAACUUUGGAAACACAUCUUGGUUCUGUUCAUCCCGAAUUUUCUGAUUUAACAAGUAUUGUAAUUUAUCAGAAAAGUGCCAAAUUAUUUCACUGUCAAUUGUGUUUCUUCACUAACAAGGUGUACAGUAAUGUCUACAAUCAUGUUACAACACGGCAUCCAAAGUUGAACAAGAGUGAAGAAACUUUCCAAACAAAAGAGCCCCUUGAAGUAGUCGCCAGUGAAAGUAGGAAACCGCUGCGAGCUGCAAAGAGAAAAUUAAAAGAGCCCAAAGUGAUUAAGGAAGAAAAACCUAUUAAAAAGCGAAGGGGGCGUAGAAAACGUUCAGAAAUAGCUUCGAGCACAAUUGAAAUACAACCUAUAAAACCUGCAGAAACAAGUUCAAGCACAAUUGAAGUACAGCCUGUUAAAAGGCGACCUGGAAGACCAAAGCGUAAAUUAGAAGAAACCAAAAGUAAAAGUGUUGAUUUCAACUGUGAAAAAUGUGGUACUCGAUUCAAUACUGCUGAUGAGCUAAAUAUCCAUAACUGUCAGAAGAAAAAGCAGAAGAAUGCCAAAACUGCACUGUUUGAGCAUAGUGAUUAUAGCGGCCGUUACCCAAUUCAACACGAAUCUACUCGUAAAUCAACAGUUUCAAAUAAUUCCAAAGAAGCAGCAGUUUCGCGCACUGAAAAACCAGCAGUUUCAAAUAGUCCCGAAAAACUGACAACUCCAAAUAAUCCUGCAGAACAUACAGUUUCAAAUAAUCCCAAAGAUUUGACAAAUUCAAACAAUCCCAAAAAGGUGACAGUUUCGAAUGAUCCUGAAGAACCUUCUGAAGAAAAGGAUUAUGCAAAAAGUUUACAAGAAAAUGUUAAAUAUGUCAGAGGAACUUUUUACUGUAGUUUCUGUAGAUUCCAUUGUAAAAGUAAAAGUAGCGCUCUAUAUCACGUUGUAAGGGUACAUGACAAACCUUAUCCUUAUCAAUGUGGUGAAUGUGGAAGAUGUUUUGUUAUGGACAAGGAGCUUAAAAGGCACAUGUCUGUUCAUACUGGAGAAGCUUAUUACAAAUGUUCCAAAUGUGACUUUGAAUCCGAUUAUGCCAGAGCUUUUAAGAAUCAUGAAAAACAGUGUACCUCUGUGCAGAGAGAAGAUAAUUGUUCUGAAAAUAUCGAUGCAGAUAAGCAGCAGAACGCCGUUCAAGAGAGAAAGUUAAUCAGUUCAGAAUCGCCUUCAGUCCAGCCUCACAGUUCACGUAAGGAAGAAGUACAGCUGCAUGAGAAUUCUUUUCCAAAAAUGGAAUCAGAAGCAGGAAAAAAAUACUUACAGCUAAAUACUGGUAAGAUUCAGGCUUCAAAGUUUCAGCUUCUGGAACCUGCAGAGUGUGUGAUGGCUCAUCAACAAGAUUCUGCAUCUUCAAAGGAUAAUAUUUUAUCUUGUCACGAAUGUGGAAUGACAUUUGAAGAGCAAGACCUGUACCAGAAGCACAAAUUUCUCCACUCUGUAGAAAAGCCACUAACUUGUGAGCCCACCCAUGAUGAUGUAGCAACCCUGAGUGAAGAUGUGGAAAAAAAUCAUGCAGAACAAAAAACCUUCAACUGUGAUAGCUGUAGUGCUAAGUAUCAGAGCAAAGAGGAUUUACAGCAUCAUCUGAAUAUUCAUAAACCAAAUAUUGAAGGCAAAACUUUUAACUGUGAGAUCUGCAGCAGCAAAUUUGAGAAACAAAUUGAUCUGCGUGAUCACCUCAAAGUUCACAAACAAAAUAUUUCAAAGACUAAUCAAUCUAAUAUGACUGAUAACAGAACGCUUUACAAAUGUCAUUACUGCCCUUACAGCACGUACCUGUUUGUAAAUUAUAUAGGACAUGUCAGAAUAGCUCACACAAAAAACUUUCCCAUUCAUUGCUCAUUUUGUGGAGAUGGAUUUCAGCUUCCAGCUGAAUUAAAAAAACAUACAUGUCAGCAGUCUCAGGGUGGCAAAGUCAUAUCUAAUCAGGGUGAUGAGUAGAAUAACAUUAAAAUAGAAAAGUGUUCCAGUUCCCAGCAUUAAAUCCCUCAUCUUCAAAUGCAUAAACAAUUUAUACUAAAAUUCUUUUGUUUAGAAUUGCAAUCUGGGCAAGGAACACAUGGUAAAGCAAUGUCCAAAUUUGGAUUGCUAGUUUUCUUUGAAGUCUUACAGAAUCACAAGGCUGUGAUGCAAAUAAACUUGUAAACGUUUAAAAAGAUGCUAUUUGUUCACUGGCACCUUUGUUCCCUUUACAGGACCUGAAGUAGUUGAAAGCAUGGAGAUAUAUUUUCCUUGGUUGCUAAUGUGAGCAAGUAACUUAGUACAAGACUGAAAUGGCAUUCUCCAACUCUGACCAGCAUUGACUUUCAUGCAUAUUAGCAACUUGAGGAACAUACACUCCAUUGUUGGUUGUUUAUAAAGUUCUUCACACAUUACUGGACUGAUGAUGCUUUUGGCCCAGUGCAUCCUACCUAUUUAAUUGUCUACUUUUGUUUUCUCCUUUCAACUCAUGAGCAGUUAUAAAUGGAGGAUUUUUAAAUUAAUUGGCAACACAUCAUUUCAGUGCCUGAUUAUACUUAGUGCAAAUUAGUGAAUUUCCUGUACUUUAAUGUUCUGUAUGCAGUUGAUUAUCAUAUUCUGCUUUUCUGUGUUAGUUAAUUGAUCUUCCGAUAUAAUUUUUUCUUGUAAAAACAGCUGUAUUUAGCAAACCUUUUUAAUUCUCUGUUUUUGUAUUAAGAAAAGGUUACCAUGAAAAUAUGCUGAAUUGCCUAACCCGUUACACAAUCUUUGUGAAAACAAAUAUAUAUGUGUGUGUAUAUGUGCUAUAUAUAUAUGGAUAUAUACAUAUAUAAAGUAUGUGUGCAAUUCAGCGAAAAGACUUAACAAUUCACAAAGGGUUUAGCAACUUCCUUGUAAACCUUUGGGAAUUCUAACUGAGUUUGCCAAGGGAUUUUGUUUCCAGUAGUGGUACAGGUGUUUCUUAUUGUACAGACUUUUAAUUUUGUGAAUUGAAGUCCUCUGCUAGUUCAGUGUCCUUUUACUGAAGGUUACAAGUUUACUUUCAGUUUUUGAAAAGAUUAUAGUUUAAAUGUUUGUGUACACUUAACAGUAUUAGCCACUUGCUAUCAAAAUUUGGUGCUGCAUCUUGCAGAGAGAAUUUCAAUAUCUUUUUUAGCUGUAAUUUGUCUUUUCAACUAUAAAUAUGUUUUGCAAUACAUUUCUGUACGCAACUAUAGGUAAUCUUUAAAAGCAAAAAAACAUAGGUAAUGGUUGUUUUGUUAACCUAAUAAAAAAGAAACAUUAUACUACCA